UCCCAAACUAUAAAAUCGAAUUACAAAUAACAUCAUUUCAUAUGCAAUUAUCUUUUUUAAAAUGAAAUUAUUAUUGAAUAAUUUGUUAAACUUAACAAAAACCUAUAAACAAUUAAAUAAUUCAAAAGUUGUUUAUUUAAUCCAACAAAGAAACUAUUGUAUAGCAAUUAAUAAACCUGAAGAACAACGUGUGGAAACUAUUGCCAGAGACAAAAUCAAAGAACAGCAAGUGACACAACAGAAAUCUUUAAGUAUUGCGGUAAUAGGUGUUCCAAAUGCCGGUAAAAGUACUUUUAUAAAUAAUUUAAUAAAUCACAGAGUCUGUCCCACCUCCAGCAAGGUGCACACUACCAGAAAAUCCAAUAAAGCCAUAUAUACCACAGGGCAAACACAGCUGAUAUUUUACGACACUCCCGGUUUGGUGACACAGAGAGAAAUCAAGAAACAUAAAUUGGAUCAGUCUUUUAAAAGUUCCUAUCGCCAUGCCAUUCAACAUGCCGAUAUGAUUGCAGUUAUACAUGAUGCCUCCAAUAGCUGGACACGCAAACAGUUACAUCCCACAGUAAUGGAUAGUUUGAAAGCCUAUCCUCAUAUGCCCAGUAUUUUAAUAUUAAACAAAAUUGAUGCCUUAAAAUCGAAACGCAUAACGCUAGAGCUGAUACGUUUACUAACGAAUAACACCUUAACCGGCUUAAGGAAACAAACUAAAUCCCAUAAGAAGCGUUUACAUGAUGAGCAAAAGCCGGAAGAUGAUAGUUCCAUUACUAAAGAGUCUAUAGUAGAAUUUGGAGAACUCAAUAAAACUGAAGGCGCUUGGAGUAAUUUUAGUGAAGUAUUUUUGGUGUCCUCCAUAACGGGCAAUGGCUUAAAUGAUGUUCAUGAUUUCUUAUUGGAUGCGGCCAAAAUAAAACCCUGGCAGUAUUCAAGUGAUACCUUUACCGAUGAAACCCCCGAAGAUAUAAUAGUUGAAAGUGUUAGGGCUCGUCUAUUGGACUAUCUGCCUCAAGAGAUACCCUACAAUUUGAAAACUUCUAUGGAAUAUUACAGUGUCGACAACAACACAAUUUAUGCUUCAGUUGAGGUGAUAUGUCCUAGUAAACGCAUUGAACGUCUUAUUUGUGGUGAAUCAAAUGGUAGAUUAAGGCAAAUUACCGAACGCGUUACUUCAGAUUUAGUUGAAACAUUUGGCAAACCCAUAUCAUUUACUAUUGCCACAAGACCGAAACAAAAGCUUGAAGAGUCAAAGGAAAAUUAAAAUGGGAAAAAGUUUUCGGAUAAUUUUAAGCAUCAUUUUUUUGUUAUAUGUUUAAAAUCUUAAAUCUUCCAAUAAAAAAAAAAGUUUGUUAAAUAAAAUUAGAAGUGUUUAAAUAAUAA